AAAUGGCUCCGGGUAUGUGUUGCAGCCAGCCGGCUGUUUUCGGGAUGGCUGCUGUAAGCAGCACGGAGCCGCUAUGCCAACCUUGUAUUUAUGAUGCUAAAUUCAAAGUGGAGGUGAAUGUUGAGAAACCCCUGCAGCCCAUUCACCUGAGUUGUGAGCAGGUGGCAUUGGAGAUGAUGAGUCUGUGCUGCCAGCUGGACCUCCUCAUCAGAGCCCAGGUUCAACAGUUCCAGGAGCAACUCGGACAAGAUAUUAGUCCAGUUGAAUCAGAAUCUUUCCACAGACGAGGCACCAAGAUAAUAGAACAAAUGAAACAAAUUCUGGAGCAUCUGCCCAAACCUGUUCCACAGCUAGAGGAUUACCUAGAUGCAGUGGGACUGUCUACAAUGUUCCCUCGAGUUGAGAUCUUCAUCAUACACGGGAGUCCUGUUGACAUGCUGGAGAAUCCUCCCAUGGACGUAAAGUUUCUGCAGCUGAACACCCCUACACACCCUGGCAGUAAAAAAGACUAUUUUCCUCACCUUGGGAAGAUGAACCAAUUACUUGUCCUGAGCCAGCAGUUAGAAGAUGAUGUGAAACACCUGGGCAGCCACAAAUACAUAGCACACCAGCUGUCUGUUUUAUAUCAAGUUAUCAGCUCUUUCAAAGGCAUCACGCCACUAUCCAUUCUCAAGAGGGACAUUGAAGCCAAUUUCAAAUCAUUGAAACUGUCACUGGCCACAGAGCAGGAAUCCAAGCAAGAGCCCCAGUUGCCUGCACAUUACGUCAGCUGGAUAUUGAAUCUGACCCAGAGCCUUAUAUCGUUAGUGUCGUCUCUCCCCGAGAAGCUGACGGAAGACCUGGGUCCAGCGAUGUCCUUUGUCGCCAGCCUCACAUGACCCCUGCCCGCUCAGCUCCUGCUGCAGGGGCUGGGUCACCUAGCCCUCCCGGGCCAUGAAGUGGGGUCAGCAGUGACCGAGAUACCGUCACAGCUGCAAUCCACCCACCAGCUCCAAUUACAAACCCAGUUCUUCAUGGUGGCGUUCUGCUUGCGUCGAUUAAAGAGCUAGAAAUCUGCAGCUAGUGGGUAGAUUGAAGAGUUGGCUUAACACAAGUCAUUCAGUAAAUUACAGUAGCGUACUGUAGUAUAUGAGUAUAGUAUAGAUAGAACAGUAUGUAAUUUCAGGGUCUAAGUUAAAUUCUUAUAAAUAAGAUAAUUAUUUUAAGAUUAGGUUUAAUAUUGUAGUAUGCAUGUGAGGUGCAACUUUGGACAUAUCUCAGGUUAGGGAUCGUUUCGGGACCAUGGUGCCAGAGUAAGUUGGUAUUGACUUAACUGCUCCAGACUAUUAUUCCAAUGAACAAAUGCAGUUUUCCAGUUACUGUACAUUGUUUUCAAAACUGAUUGCAAUUUUACUUGAUUUGUUUCCUUCUUCCUUGUAUUAUGGUUAUGAAAAUGUCGAAAAGGUUAUGAAAAUGGGUAACAUAAGAACACAACUCCUGAUGCUGCUGUCAGAUUGUGGUUAACAUUAGAUCAUAAUGAAGGCUACAAACAAGAUGAGGCAGUUUGGUCCAUCUGGCCUGUUGAGUAGAUGGUAGUUAAUAGAUCUUACGGUCACAUCCAGCCAGAGAACUCUAAAGGAAGCCAAGGUACUGGCUUCAGCCACAUGGCUGGGUAGCUGGUCCAUACUGGCACAUGUGGAGUUGAUGCAAUGAAGCAGUGUUUAUUAUUAUUAUUAUUAUUUUAACUGCAGUGUCAUUGUCACCUAAAGCAAAGAUUCAGUAUUAUGAACUGCUGUGUUAUAGUGCAGUUCAACUACAGCAUAUGUAUAGACAAACCUACAGUAAAAGUUAAAAAAGCAGAUAAAUAGACAAAAUUAUACUGCAGUAAACGGAUGCAGUCCAGAGCCCUAACCAUGUAACCUAACCAUACUGCUGCCUUCUGAGGUUUUAGUGACCUUCUGAUCUGUUAUUGCAGAUCUCUUUCUAUACUGUUUGUUAGAAAUAUUCAUUUUUGUUUUUUGUUUUCCAGGUGGCAGCUAUUUUUUUUUAAAUCCAGUUUAAUGUUCAUCGAUUCUGUAUAGGCCCUUAUCACAUCCAUAAUACAUCUUGAUUAAACGGAAAGCAUUUCAAAAGUGGUUCAAGUACCAUUACACAUAAUGGUGAAAGGUUGUGUGUACAUUUUCUAAAGCAUUGAGGGAUGUGGUACCAACACUGAUUAGAAUGUUGUUUAUCAGAAAGUAAUUGUUAUGUGACUGUACUGUAUCUCUUUUAAUAAAGCUAUACUGUUUGAAUUUG